GAGAGAGUGCAGCAAUGGCUCUGGGGUUACCUCAGUCAAUGAGCUACAAGAACUAAGAGCACCGGCUGUUUUAGCAGCAGAUCUGACACCUCCUCAAUUAGGGACCCUGGCAGGGAAAGGUUCUCUAAGGAACAUGAGAGCCCAGCUGGAAAGGCUCUCUCUGCUUUGGCCACUUCUCCUGUCUCCGUGGAUGGGAGCCGCAGAAAAUACUACUGCUGUCAUUGUGGUGAAUCAGACAACCCCUUCUAUCCGUGCAAUGGAAGGGUCAGAGUUCACCAUCGAGUGUACAUUCAACACAAGCAAUAAUUCAACCAAGUGGUUUGCUGAAUGGUAUAAAACCAGAAACUAUGUCACAGAAAAGGUGAACAAUGGAACAGAUCGAAUCAUAUUAUCAGCAGAUACAGAAAAGAGGUCUCUUUCGCUCACCGUGAAGAAACCCAAUGUCACUGAUUCUGGAACCUACGUAUGUUGGGUUGGGAACAGGGAUGGGAUAUCUCCUGGGAAGGGAACCCAAGUGACCAUCUAUGAAAUUACCGACCUGAUGGUGAAUCAAACCCCAGCCAGUGUCAGUGAUUUGGAAGGCUCAGAACUUACCAUGAAUUGUACAUUCAAGACAGUCAAUAACCACAGCCCCAUGUAUGUGCGAUGGUAUAACUAUGGGACCGAGGGACUAAAGCAAGAGCUGGUGAAGGAGAGCGAGGUGAUCACAACGCUGCAUUCGGCCAAUGGGUUUGCCUCUCUCACUUUGAAGAAUGCGAAUUCAUCUAAUACAGGAACCUACGUGUGUGAGGUGGGGAUCACAGCAAGGAACCUCUCUGUGUCAGGAGCUGGAACCCAGGUGACCAUCAAUAAAAGGAGAAAUGCCUCCCACGUUGUUUUCGUCAUCCGGAUGGUUCUCGGGGCCCUUGUUAUAAUCUUGGCUGUGAUUAUUAUUACAGAGUGUGUGAUCUCAGAAAAGAGGGCUGCUGUCAGUCGAACAAUAUGAGGAUCAGCUGUUACAGCGUACACCUGGAGAUGGAGCUCUCAGACACCUGGUACCCAGGCAUUCCCCCC